AGGUUGUAAAAACUGAGCCUUUGCUUAUAUCAUGGUAAUGUUAAUUCUGCUCUGCUAUAAUUUUGAGAUUAUUUUGUCGGGAUAAUGUUAAUCGUUCUUGAUUUUGACAUUUGGGUUAAUUUGGCUAGUGUAACCAAGGAAGGAUUUGCGUAGGUGCUGGUAUUCUUAACAAAAAAGUAAUUUACAUGGGUUAUGAUUUAAUAAUAUCUGAUUGGUUUUUACUUAUUUUCUCUUGAUUUGUUAAAGUUAGAGUCUUUUGUUGGUUGAUAAUGUCAAUUCUGUUUAGAAGCAAUUUGGUAUUUAUUUAAUUGGUAGCUCGCCAUGGUUGAAUUAAUUGGUUUUUGUCACCUUUUUGACUCCUUUUAAAGGUUGUUCAUUGUUCCGUUGAACCCGUCAAUUUGGUAGGCUGUCUCUUGAAACACUUGGCUCUGGAAAAGUAGAUACUGAAAAUCUGAGCCAUAUUGCAUUAUGCGACGACUUCGACUUAUUGUUGAGUCUAAAGACGAGAAAAGUCUGUCAGUUGUAGAUACAUACUAAUUGAGCCUGUCGGGCAUGGUUUAUGUGAUUGGGGAGGAAGGUAUCUUGAAGGAGCUUGAGCUUGCUGGAUAUCAAUACCUUGGUGGACCAGAAGACGGUGGGAAGAAGAUAGAUCUGAAGCCUGGAUUUCUGAUGGAGCAUGAUGAGAAUGUUGGAUUUGACCGAAAUUUCAGCUACUACAAAAUUCAGUUUGGAUUGAAAAAGAGAUGCCACAUAACUGCCACAGUUCACUUUAUAUAUAUAUAUAUAUAUGUAUAUAUAUAUAUUUAUAUGGACUGUACUUGUGCUCAAAUUCAGGCUUAUAUGCAAACAUUGUGUUACAAAGUAUUAAAUGGAAGUCUUCUCUGGUGGCAGGUGAUGUUUAUGUGAUGGAAGGUAUGGGACACUCUAUACGUGAAAACCCUUGAUGUCUUUUUAUUGCAACAAAUCUUGAUGCUGUCACUCAUCUCACAGAUGCUCAGGAAUGGGCAGAAUCAGUUCUAGCAGAAAGUGUUCAAAAUCUGAAUGAGAAAAUCGAUCGUAUCGAAGAGUGUUGACAACAUGGCGCAGAAGAUCCAUCAUUUGCAGUCUGUUUUGUUCACUCUUAAGAUUUGUUUCCCGUUUCAGCUUCAAGUCUUCAGAUUUCAAGUAUUUCUAAAUUGAAAGCAAAUAAAUAAUAUUUGCUUGCAUUUGAAUGUCACAGGGAGACUCAUUGGCUACUGAUGAGAGGCUUAACGCCCUAGAAGAAGAGGUUCAUAUCUUUUUCCAAUUUCUUUUUGCAAUUUCAAUUCAAUGAAAAAGUAGCAGAAAGAGUUUGUUGGAUUUGAGAAUUAGGCUUUGCAAUGCUUUUUAGGUACAACUUCGACCUCCAUGUUUUAGAGUCUAAAGCACAAGAUGCUGAGGAUAGACUCGAAAUGGUUGCCUCUCAGGCUCAAAAGGUCAUGCACUGAUGUACUCAAUCCAUCUAUGGUCUAUGGCUAUGAGUGUGUGAUGUUGUUAGUGUGGUGUUCAUUUUGCCAUUGGCUUCUUUCUCUUUGCUUUCAAAUGCCUGACAUUGUUACAGAACAAUGGAUUCAAAUUCAGCGGCUUGAGCAGGCUCUUCAUAUUACACAAGUUUUUUCUGCUUGAAACUGGCUUUAGGUUCUUCAUUUGCAAAAUUCAAAAGUUUUACUGAAAUGGGUUUUGCUGAUUCA